AUGCUACAGAAUGGCCUCAUUCAAGUUGGUGGCCGGUUACAUUUUGCCAAGAUUUCGCCUGACAGGAAGUUUCCUUUCGUGUUACCGGAUAAAAAUCCGUUAACUUCUUUAAUUGCAGACACAAUACAUCAACAAACGCUGCACGGAGGAUCACAACUGCUCCUGUCGACCAUUCGUCACGAAUUUUGGCCGUUAGGAGGUCGAAAUCUGGCCAGAAAGACCGUCCACAAUUGCGUGACAUGUGCGAAGGCAAAGCCUCGAACCAUUGAGCAACUUAUGGGUCAACUCCCACCGGAAAGAGUUUCACCAGCAUAUCCAUUCCAGUUUGUAGGAAUAGAUUACGCCGGACCCAUUUACCUACGACAAAACACACGGAAAGGAGCACCUAUUAAGGCUUACGUAGCGGUGUUUGUUUGCCUGGUGGUGAAGGCAUCACAUCUCGAACUAGUAACCGACUUAACUUCAGCUGCUAUCAUCGCCGCACUUCGCCGGUUCAUAGCCCGACGCGGGGUGCCAACUACCGUGUACUGUGAUAACGCCACUAAUUUCACAGCAGCGCAACGUGAGCUAAAAGAGCUACGCCAACAGUUUCUUUCACAGAAACACAAGGAAGCAGUACACAACGAAGCCAGCACACUCAAGAUCGAGUUUCACUUCAUCCCGCCACAUGCCCCAACGUUCGGUGGCCUGUGGGAGGCGUGCGUGAAGUCUUUCAAACACCACCUCCGCAGAAUAGUGGGGAAUAGUCUACUCUCAGCUGAAGCCGUUUCCACAGUGUUGGCUCAAAUCGAAGGCGUUUUAAACUCUCGGCCAAUAACUCCCCUCUCGUCUGACCCAAGCGAACUACAGGCCUUAACGCCAGGUCAUUUUUUGAUUGGCCGUCCGAUUCUGACAUUACCAGAACCUGACCUCUCGGAGAUACCGACGUCUCGGCUUGAUAUGUGGCAGAAGAUGCAGCUUUUAACUCAGCACUUUUGGAGACGUUGGCAGGACGAAUACUUGUCCACGUUGCAGACUCGCUACAGGUGGACAACAGUCAACCAAAACCUCCUCAUUGGAUCAAUCGUGCUUAUACGGGAUGAUAAUCAACCAAUAGGGAAAUGGUCCAUGGGGAGGGUUACGGAUGUUCACCCAGGAGAGGGUGGACUCGUACGGGUUGCCACCCUCAGGAUACCCAGCGGAAAAUUAAUAAAGCGUCCGAUAACCAAAAUCUGUCGACUACCAGUGGAAGUGGAUGCUGUCACCGUAGCCGAGCGUCCACAAUCAACGACCGAACCUCCAGCACAAACCGUAUAA